GAGUUAAGCAAAGCCUUUGCGAUUUGGCGCAAAGAGAUGGACGCCGUGGGACAGUUCCGAUGUCCGCGCCAUUAUUUUGGGCGUGGAGCAGUCCGGGCCGUAGAGUUGCACGUCUUUGUGGAUGCUAGUCAGGCAGCAUUCGCGGCGGUGGCCUAUUGGAGGGUCACAUAUGAGGACGACGACGUGCAGGUGAGCUUCGUGAGCGCGAAGACGAAGUGUGCCCCAAUGAGAACGAUGACGAUCCCACGGCUGGAGCUACAGGCAGCAGUUCUUGGAACCAGGCUGAUGAACACUGUCAAGGAGGAGCACAGUGUGGUCAUCACGGACCUGGUGUUAUGGACGGACUCUAAGACGGUGCUGAGAUGGAUCGGCAGCACCCACCGCCGGUAUAAGCAGUUUGUUGGCAACCGAGUGGCGGAGAUUUUGGAGUCGUCGAAGGUUUCCCAAUGGAGAUGGGUGCCUACAGCCGACAAUGUGGCUGAUGAUGCGACGCGGUCGCAGAAAGGAGUCGACCUUAGCCAGGAAUCAAGGUGGCUAAGAGGACCUGCAUUUUUGAGGCAGCCAGCAGCCAGCUGGCCGGGGCCUGAGGAAAAAACUGAGCGUGUUCCAGAUGCCCCUGAUGAAGAAGAGAUGCCCAGUGAGUUUGCAUUCGUUGCGGCAGGCGAUUUUGUUAUUCCGUUCCCACAGCCUGGGUCCUACGGUUUGCGCGCUGGUGCCGCAAACAGCGAAACGAGCUCGAGGAAUACGGCCUUACUGCAGCAGAAUGUAAGGCCGCGGAGAACCUGUUGGUCAGACAGGCACAAUUGGAGUCGUUCCCCGACGAGAUGAGGUCGGUGGAAACUGGACAGGACGUCGGUAGAUCGAGCGAUAUUCGAGGGUUGGUGCCCUACCUAGAUAAGGACGGGAUUCUGCGAGCUUACGGCAGAAUUGAUGCCGCACUGUGCAUGCCGUACAGUGCGAGGAGGCCCGUAUUACUGUCACACAGGCACAGUCUGACAGAGCUGAUUGUGAGAGACUUCCACGCCAGGAUGAAGCAUCAAAAUGUGGAUGCUACGAUCGCGGAGAUCCGGACAAAGUUCUGGGUCACAAAGAUGAGGCGUGUGAUGCGGAGAGUCAUCUCAUCGUGCAACGAGUGCAAGUUGCAGCGAGCGCGGCCGAUGCCGCCGAUAAUGGGACCCCAUCCGGAAGACAGACUGGAUGCGAGUGGAUGGCCAUUCAAAUACACAGGACUGGACUACUUUGGGCCACUGCUGGUGACUGUGUCCCGUCACAAGGAGAAGCGUUGGGUCGCCUUGUUUACGUGUUUGACGACAAGGGCGAUUCACCUGGAGCUGGCGCAUGACCUGUCGACGGAUUCCUGCAUAAUUGCGAUCAGGAACUUCGUCUGCCGUAGAGGGCCAGUAUAUAGACUGCGCAGCGAUAACGGCAAGAACUUCGUGGGAGCUGACAGGGAAGCCAGGCGCUUUGGUGACGUGUUCGAGAUGGAGAAGCUCCAGAGUGAGUUGUCAAGCAGAAGCAUUGAAUGGGUCUUUAAUUGUCCAGCGAACCCGUCUGAGGGCGGAGUUUGGGAGCGCAUGGUGCAGUGCGUCAAGAGAGUACUGCGUCAUACCCUGAAGGAAGUUGCGCCGAGGGACCAUGUAUUGGAGAGUUUACUGAUUGAGGCUGAGAAUAUUGUAAGCUCGCGUCCGCUCACCCACUUGCCUGUGGAUGCGGAGCAGGAGGCGCCGUUGACGCCAAACGAUCUACUCAAGGGAGUAGCCAAUCUGCCGGAUACGCCUGGAUUGGAUGCGGAGCUGCCCAAGGAGGGUUCUACGAGGACGCAGUGGAGGGUUGCUCGCCUGCUACGAGACCGUUUCUGGAGGAGGUGGGUUAUGGAGUACCUGCCUACGCUUGUGCGCCGCGAGAAGUGGUGCCGCCGAACGGAGCCCAUCCACCAGGGUGAUAUGGUCUUCGUCUGCGAUCCUGCCUUGGCCCGACGAGAGUGGCGCAAGGGCAUCGUGGAGGAGAUCUACAGCGGAGCUGAUGGAGUCGUCAGACGCGCUAAGGUGCGCGUGAACGACAACGGCCUAUCUAGGACAAUGAUGCGACCCGUCUCUAAACUUGCAGUUUUGGAUUUGAGUGAAGCGGUUCUUCACGGGGUCGGGAAUGUCGCGGAUCGAAUAUUGUUAUCGAUAGGCUAGUUAGUAUUUUUGAGAAGUCCGAAUGUGGAAGGAUUUGUAAGCCCAUAUGUGUCUGGGCACAUUGUUUUUCGCCAUUGAAAAUUGCCGGGAAAAUUUAGCUUUUCAUUGUCGUGUAAGAGUUGGAGGACACACUGCGAAUAAAACGUGUUCUACUACCACGGAUUAGUCUGCCCUUUCUUUCGGGAACCAAUGCGUGGGGUAGCCGUUUAAGGCAACUCCAAGUGACGCACGACGACACGCGCACU